AGAGAAGGCAGGCAAGUGUCCUUCUAAAGCAGUUGCUACCAGGUCUCCUGUAAAAUCUCCUCAUCCUAAAUGACCAACUGCUGCAGUCUGCCAAGGUUAUUUCUUCCCUGAGGCAAGAAGGGGGAAAAAAGCAAGCUGUGAUUGAAGAGGACAAGCCAUACAAUGGUGCAGGAAUAGGUUUUGUCAAUCGGAUGAUGGACUUCUUGGAGGAGCCAAUCCCUGGUGUGGGGACCUAUGAUGAUUUCAAUACAAUCGACUGGGUGAGAGAGAAGUCACGAGACCGGGAUAGGCAUCGAGAGAUUACCAACAAGAGCAAAGAGUCAACAUGGGCCUUAAUCCACAGUGUGAGUGACGCUUUUUCUGGCUGGCUGUUGAUGCUACUUAUUGGGCUUUUAUCAGGUUCCUUAGCUGGCUUGAUAGACAUCUCUGCUCACUGGAUGACAGAUUUAAAAGAAGGUAUCUGCAAAGGGGGCUUCUGGUUUAACCAUGAACAUUGUUGCUGGAACUCUGAUCAUGUCACCUUUGAAGACAGAGACAAAUGCCCAGAGUGGAAUAGCUGGUCCCAGCUUAUCAUCAGCACAGAUGAGGGAGCUUUUGCCUACAUAGUCAACUAUUUCAUGUACGUCCUUUGGGCUCUCCUUUUUGCCUUCCUUGCUGUAUCUCUUGUCAAGGUGUUUGCACCAUAUGCCUGUGGCUCGGGAAUACCUGAGAUAAAAACUAUCCUGAGUGGUUUCAUUAUUAGGGGCUACUUGGGUAAGUGGACCCUGAUUAUCAAAACCAUUACCUUAGUACUGGCGGUAUCAUCUGGCUUGAGUCUGGGCAAAGAGGGCCCCCUAGUGCACGUGGCUUGCUGCUGUGGGAACAUCCUGUGCCACUGUUUCAACAAAUACAGGAAGAAUGAAGCUAAGCGCAGAGAGGUCUUGUCAGCUGCAGCAGCAGCUGGUGUAUCUGUAGCUUUUGGGGCACCCAUUGGCGGAGUAUUAUUCAGCCUAGAAGAGGUCAGCUACUAUUUUCCCCUCAAAACACUGUGGCGUUCAUUCUUUGCUGCCUUGGUGGCAGCGUUUACUCUACGUUCCAUCAAUCCAUUUGGAAACAGCCGCCUGGUUCUAUUUUAUGUGGAGUUUCAUACCCCGUGGCAUCUCUUUGAGCUUGUGCCAUUCAUUCUGCUGGGCAUAUUUGGUGGUCUGUGGGGAGCUUUGUUUAUUCGCACAAACAUUGCUUGGUGCCGGAAGCGUAAGACCACUCAGUUGGGCAAAUAUCCUGUCAUAGAGGUACUCAUCGUGACAGCCAUCACUGCCAUUCUGGCUUUCCCCAAUGAAUAUACCCGUAUGAGUACCAGUGAGCUCAUUUCGGAGCUAUUUAAUGAUUGUGGCCUUCUGGACUCCUCCAAACUCUGUGAUUAUGAGAAUCGUUUCAACACAAGCAAGGGGAGUGAUCUGCCUGACAGACCUGCUGGCCUGGGAGUCUACACUGCAAUGUGGCAGCUGGCUUUGACACUCAUACUGAAAAUUGUCAUUACUAUAUUCACCUUUGGCAUGAAGAUCCCUUCUGGCCUCUUUAUACCUAGCAUGGCUGUUGGUGCUAUAGCAGGCCGACUUUUAGGAGUGGGAAUGGAACAACUGGCUUAUUACCACCAUGACUGGGCCAUCUUCAAUAGCUGGUGUAGUCAAGGAGCUGAUUGUAUCACACCUGGCCUUUAUGCAAUGGUUGGGGCUGCAGCAUGCUUAGGUGGAGUGACUCGGAUGACGGUUUCUCUUGUUGUCAUAAUGUUUGAACUAACUGGUGGCUUGGAAUACAUUGUGCCUCUAAUGGCUGCAGCUAUGACAAGCAAGUGGGUGGCAGAUGCUCUUGGCCGGGAGGGCAUCUAUGAUGCCCACAUCCGUCUCAAUGGAUACCCCUUUCUUGAAGCCAAAGAAGAGUUUGCUCAUAAGACUCUGGCAAUGGAUGUGAUGAAACCCCGGAGAAAUGAUCCUCUGUUGACUGUCCUUACUCAGGACAGUAUGACUGUAGAGGAUGUAGAGACCAUUAUCAACGAAACCACUUACAGUGGCUUUCCAGUAGUAGUGUCUCGGGAGUCCCAAAGACUUGUGGGUUUUGUCCUCCGAAGAGAUCUCAUUAUUUCAAUUGAAAAUGCUCGAAAAAAACAAGAUGGGAUUGUGAGUACUUCCAUCAUUUACUUCACUGAACAUUCUCCUCCAAUGCCACCAUACACUCCACCCACCCUGAAACUUCGAAACAUCCUGGAUCUCAGCCCCUUCACUGUAACAGAUCUUACACCCAUGGAGAUUGUAGUGGAUAUUUUCCGCAAGCUGGGACUGCGUCAAUGCUUAGUGACACACAAUGGGCGAUUGCUUGGAAUCAUUACCAAAAAGGAUGUGUUAAAGCAUAUAGCACAGAUGGCGAACCAAGAUCCUGAUUCCAUUCUCUUCAACUAGAAUUGCAGUGCUGUGCUGGCUGUAAAAUCAGAAGGACAUUGCAAACCCCAAUGGAUAUAGUUUAUUAACUGAGUACCCAAAACACAUUUCCAAUAUUUGGAUGGUGAAGUAAUAUUAGCGUGUUGUCUCUUUCCUACAGGUUAACCAGUUGCACUACAUAAUCUCUGCAAAUUAAUCUUCUUUUCAGGAGAAAAUACUGUUAGGCUUCUGUGAUACUCUAUUAGGAAGAUUUCAUGAAAGUAGAGGAAGAUUGCUGUGGUUCAAUUUGAUUUUUUUUAACCUUAAAAAAUAGUUGUUAGCCAAUAUGCAAUCAUUGUAAACUAUGCAAGAAAGAUUCUAACCAUCCUGACCUGUAGCCUUCAUGAAACUCGUGAAAAAAAAAAGUCAACUGUUUUUGAGCUCUAACUCAUUGGUGGAAGAUGAAGUGCAAAUUAAGGGACUUUGCUUUUCCAACCAUAUAAAGGAAAGCCAGAAAAUAGUAAUGGUAUUUUCUAGACUGUGAAGAUUCAGUUCAAAUGUUAUCUUUUUCCUGUUACAAUAUUUAGCGUUAUUAGUUUUGUAUGUGUAUAUGUUCAUUUUUAAAUUUCUGAUUAUAAGACAAUGCUGCUUGGUUAAUCUCCUCUAAAUGAAUUUA